AUGCAAAAUCCUUCGAAAACCGGGCAACCCAAUACCCACGACGUCUCGGCGACUGGUGAUUUACAAGUGGCAGGGCAAUUGUCAGACAGCGAGGGAAGUCAAGCGGGACUGGAAUCGAAGCAACCGGGGGAUAUUGAAAGCGAAGGGAAGAAGAAGGGCCUCUUUGCGCGGCCCUGGUCGCGAGGACAAAUCGGCAUAUUCAGUGCACUAUUGUUCGUGGGACUCGGAUUAGUGGCAAUCAUCAUUGCUCUGCCCAUCAUCUUCACGAGAAAGAAGAACCCGGACCUGGGCGAUACAUACCACCUGUAUCAUUCGAACCACGACGACCCUAGCUACAAGAUUAGAGAGAAUCGCCCCGUCUUCGCCAUUCACAACUUCCCAGACCCGGGUCUGCUCGAACACAACGGCACAUGGUAUGCCUAUGGGACGAACCCCGAGAAGCAUGACCCUAAUACCAUCCACAUCCCCGUGGCGACAUCUACCAACUUUGUCAACUGGACUCUGCACCAUGACUAUGACGCGAUGCCAACCCUCGGCGGCUGGGAACGCAGUGUCAACCACUGGGCACCAGAUGCGAUUCAGCGGGACGACGGAAAAUUCGUAAUCUACUACGCAGGCCAGACAAAAGAUUUCAAAACGCACCACUGCAUCGGAGCCGCCGUAUCAAAAGGCACCGACCCGCUCGGUCCCUACAUCCCUCUCAACGAAUCCCUCGCCUGCCCACACAAAUACGGCGGCGCAAUCGACCCAUCCCCUUUCAAAGAUACCGACGGCACCCUCUACGUCGUCUACAAAGCCGACGGCAACAGCGUCGGCAGCGGAGGAUACUGCGGCAACAGCCGUCUGCCCCGUCGCCCCGUGCCGAUAAUGCUUCAAGAGCUGGAAAGCGACGGCGUCACGAAAGUAGGCGAGCCAACGACAAUCCUCGACAUCGACGACUCGGACGGCCCGCUCGUCGAAGCGCCGGAUAUCAUCCGCACCGCCAAUGGGACGUAUUUCCUCUUCUUCUCGUCGCAUUGCUUCACCUCGCUCGGGUAUAAUGUCAAAUAUGCGCACGCCGGCUCCGUCAAGGGUCCGUAUACCAGAGCUGAGCGGCCACUUCUGCAGACGACGGAUUUCGGUCUGGAAGCGCCUGGCGGCGCGACGAUCUCGAAGGAUGGGACGAAGAUGGUUUUCCAUGCGAAUUGUGGUGGGUGGAGGUGUAUGUAUGCCUCGGCGAUUGACAUUCGGGCUGUGAAUAGCACAGUUGUCUUGUCGACUCUCGAGUUCGAGGUUUUUGGGAACAGCACGGCGAAUAGUUCCAGUUCUGCCUCGAGUGUUUCGUCUUGA